UGAUCUCAAACCUUGACCUGAUGCAAGAUUGAGAAUAUUUGCGAUCGAGUGCCUUGCUUUGCCGCUCGAAAGUCAUUAGUGAUUUCAUCACUUUUGUUGAUUCAGAUUACGUGUACUUCAUUAUUCGAGUCUAGGAUGCCUCAUGCAGUAUGAAUAAAGGAUUGACGAACAAAGGAUAAUUGGGUAAUGACUUCUAUUUUUGCACGUCCGGGACGUGUAAAAUACAUUGUACGCUCAUUUACAUACGCUGCGCGUCAAUGGCGACAAAUAUGGAUCGUCUAUAAUGUAAUGAGAUAGUGAUGCGAUAUCUCAUCGCGCCGACAACGCCCAUCAGGAGCGCGUGUAUUGACACAUUUGUUGUUACAUAGAUUGGCACGUACGUUGGCCACUUGUUCUCUCGUUGCGUACAUAUUUACGCUCGUCUCGUGAAUUUUCUUGCACAUUAAACACCGUCAAUCCCACGAAAUGGCGAGACGGUGCGAUAAAAAAAGAGCGCGUAAUCCGUGCAUGCUCGACGAGCCUUUCUUUCUUGCGGGGCUAAUGAGACGGACAAAACUUUUUUCAAUAAUGAAAUUCGACGAAUCGAGAGCGCGCUAAUUAAAGAGUUACAUGAAUUCUCAAUAUUUGCUCGCGUUGAUUGACGAUUAGAAAGAAAAAUGUAUUCGCGCAUUUUCCUCAAUGGCUCUUAUCUUUCUCGCGAAAAUGGAUUGUCACGUUGAUUUUCGGUGUUUGCUGAGGAAGCGGGGGUCUUAAGUCAUAUUUAGAUUCGGUUUAUUACCUCAAUAAUGUAUGCGUCUGUGCGCACGUGCGAGCAAGACAUCUCACGCGUAUCUGUAUUCGUACAUUGAUAUCUGGAGACAAGGACCGUGCGCACGUCCGGGGAGCAUCCUCGAAACUAACAGGUUACAACCGCAUAAUAGGUAUAUUUAUUCGUGGAACCGUAAAAUUUAAUCGGUCGCUGGGCGACGAAAUUCAUGGAAGAUAAUUACUUCUUGAGAUAAAUUUGUUUGUCGAGACAAACUUGUGCGUUUGAGUACGCUUCUUCGUCGGGAAGCGCGCGGAAGAAGAAAAAGAAGAAGAAGUCGACGGUAAAGUCUCGGUGCAUCUCGGUGAAGUUACGAGUUCGGUCAGACUCGUUAUCAGCGGUUAAUCGCCCAGUUUCUCACCCUUGAAUCUUCGUCACGAUACUAACGCAAAUCGCGAAUCUCUCCCACGCGCGACAGAUAAAGAUAACAAAUAAAGGCCGCGCGCUAUCAUCUUCCCUCUCUCUUGGUCCCUCUCUAAUUGUCACGAGUGAGAUGACACGCACGCAAUACGCUGGUACUGGGCGCGUGUUCCUCCGGAGACGACGGUGCACGCCGACCCCCUCGCUCGAUAAGCAUUUAGCGGAGAUAUAAAUCGCCGCGAUAACACGCAUCGCUAUAAUGAGACCGGGCCAAAGAACGGUACUGUGGCUUUUUGUCUCCGAGCAGUUUACCUCGAGACAUCACGGUGCACUCAUUAUCAUCGCGUGCUCUGAGAUCUCUUCUCAGUGUGACGAGUAGGGUUUAAACCCUUCGUGACUACCAGAAUUGUCAUUCAAUCAUGACGACCACCACGACAGCACCCGCCAACGACGUCGCGUCGAAACCCUUUCUCGCUAUUACGAUAAAGGAUAAUGGAAAACAGCAGCAUGCACCAAAACCACCGGAUACCACCGACCCUUCCGGCCACGCGAAGAAGCACUUUCAAUUUCUAGUCAGUUUCUGCGGUGAGUACGUGCUGAAGGGCCGAGAUGCACUCUGUCUCUUGUAAUUUUUAAUCAGUUCCCGCGAUAUGUACACGUGAAAUUUAAGAGAGAAUGGUUGGCUGUUGUUAGGUGGAACGGUGUUACCCCGCGUUCUCGAAUUAAGUGCACGAGGUAUCUUAAUCUUUUAAGCAUCGAGGGUACGUUAAAUACCGGCUGUAUCCCAUACGUCAGUAAUGAUGGUGAAAAGUCAUAGGUGUAUGCAAAGUAACUUGCGUGUACUUUGGAGCCACAUUGAUAUUAUAUGUGAUAAUUAAUUGUUUAAUUAAUUAUGUCUUGUCACGCUAAUGCUGUUGUAAUCGUGCAAAAAGUUUGCAUACUAAACUACUUGCAAAUUUCUGAAGAAAAUUGUACUAGUAAUGAUAUACCGAUAUCGAACUUGUAAAUUAUUAAUAAUACUGAUGUUUUAUAAAUUUCAAUAGCGCGUAUUCACUAAUGAAUGAAACAUUUGAAAGAAGUUUUAAUUGUUUAGAUAAGAUUAAUAUAUCUCAUAUGUGCACCAUAUGUGUGCACGUAUAUACAACAUAUGCUACGUUUAGAUAUUCACUGUACGUCACAUAAACUAUAGAUUUUCAGUACUGGCAGUGAAUAUCGGAACGUAGUUGACACGGUGUCUCACACUAUGCAACGUUGACAUUAAUAAUAAAAUUGAUUAAAAUUGAUAACCUAUCAACUACGUAAAAAUGUUUCAAAAUGUUUCUUAUCGCGCACUAAUGAAGAUAAGAGUAUGUUCCAGGCGGGUUGCUGAACUUUCAAACUGUUACCAAAGAGUUAGUCUAUUAAAUAUAACGUCAUAACUGUUCUAUAAAAUGUUGUUUAAAAUUAAAAUAUAAGAUGAAUAAUAAUACAGAGUUCUAAAUGUUAUCUAAAUGGAAAUGGUUUCGUAAUCUAAAUUCGAAGAAUAUUUCUAACAUUCUUAAUGAGACCUUAUUUAACAACUUAGCGAUACAAUUAUGAUAACAUCUUCAUAUUAGUAUCCCAAAACAACUUUGUUGCUAUUAUAAAAAUUUCGUCAUAAUCAAUUUAUUAAAAUUUAAUAGGCAAAUUGCAAAAUGAUGUCUGAAACAUUUACAACGUCGCGCUUUAAUCAUUCUCCAUCGUUUGCAAUCUUUCCAACUUGACGAAAUCUUUUAUAUUUAGCAAGAUUCGGAACAAUGAAAAAGAUCAAUUUUCUUGGAUUAAGAAAUCUUCACCUGAAAGCGCAUUAUUUAAUUACAGCUGCACUGGGCGGCAUGCAAAGUGGCAUAACGCUGGGCUGGACGUCGCCGAUCCUGCCGUACUUCGUGUCAAAAGAGUCCUUCCUCCCCGAGUUGACUGAAGGUCAAAUCUCGUGGAUCUCAUCCCUGUUGGCACUGGGUGCGAUCGUGGGUGCCGUGCCGGCCGGCACAAUCGCCGACCGCAUCGGCCGGAAGUGGGCCAUCCUGCUGACAUCGGUGCCCUUUGCCACGUGCUGGAUCACCCUGAUGGUGACCGGGAACGUCGGCAGUAUAUACGCCGCCAGGUUCAUCGGCGGAAUCGGCUCCGGAGCAGCGUGCGUCCUGGUGCCGGUCUACAUCGGCGAGAUCGCUGAAGCGUCGAUCCGCGGCGCCCUGGGCGCCUUCUUCCCACUCAUGUUUUCGUCCGGGAUCGUCUUCGCGUACGUGGCCGGCGCGUACUGCUCCUACGUGAUUUUCAACGCUGCCUGUUGCAUGAUCCUGCUGCCGUUCGUUCUUGGCGUGAUCUUCGUGCCGGAGUCGCCAAUGUGGCUAGUGCAGAAGGGUCGUAAGGUCCAGGCGGCUCAGGUUCUUUCGAUCCUGCGAGGACCUCGUUACAACAGCGCGGAGGAGAUGGUGGUCCUGCAGGACGAUGCGAACAGGAUCGCCAACACGUCGGGAGGUUUCAAGGACCUCCUUGGUACCAAGGCGGGUCGUAAGGCCGCCAUCACUUGUGUGGGACUGAUGGUCUUCCAGCAACUGUGUGGUAUUGACGCGGUGCUCUUCUACACGGUGAGCAUAUUCCAGGCGGCCAACAGCACGAUCGAUCCAUUCCUGGCAACCAUCAUCAUUGGUCUUACCGAGGUCGUGAUGACGAUAUUCGUCGCUACCGUGAUCGACAGAUUUGGCCGAAAACCGCUCCUGGUGAUAUCCGGCAUCAUGAUGACCGUCUGCCUCGGUGUUCUGGGCUACUACUUCAUGCUGAAGGAUGGCGGAAGUGACGUGAGUGCUAUCGGCUGGUUGCCACUGACCUCUCUCGCUCUCUUCAACAUAGUGUUCUCGAUCGGUUACGGAUCCGUGCCGUUCACGGUGAUCAGCGAGAUAUUUCCGCCGGAAACCAAGGGCUUUGCCAGCAGCAUGUCCAUCGUGGUGCACUGGAGCCUGGUGUUUGCCGUCACCAAGCUGUUCCCGACCAUGGAAGACAGGAUGGGCCAGGCCGCGACUUUCUGGACGUUCGCGUGCUUCACCAUCACGUCUGCAGGCUUUGCGUACUUCGUGCUGCCGGAGACGAAGGGAAAGACGUUGCAGGAGAUACAGAAGAAGCUUGAGGGAAACACAAAACUGGACCCAAGUAUUCAGUCGAACCGAUCUGAAGAUCCCGGCGUGCCGCCGAAAGCGUUCACUUUGUCGCGCUUUUGCUGCAUCAGCAUCAGAAGCAACGAUUCCACCGAGACACCGACGUCCUGAAAGCCAACGAAGAGGGACGUAUCUUCC